AUGGGGACGCCAAAGGUAAAGUUUUCCUGCGAGAAGAGCACAAAUACGGUUUGUUACUGGAAAGCUGCUCGUAGGGAUGACACACCACUACUUGAAGGCGACAAAUUUCCCGUUUUCAUAGCUCACAGCGAUGGCGGUUUACCAUUUGGUUUUUAUGGUUUGCCUGCAGUAGAUUAUGCAGGAUGUGCGAAGGUAUCAAAAACUUUUUUAGACUCCGGUGAGCAUAUCGAUGGCCCAACUCAUCCGCAGACUAUCUCUCAGGAGUUCGUCGACCACCCAGCCGAAUUUAUACGAAAACACAUUCCAAUUCUUGAUUCCAGGGCUCCAGCACACAUUGAUAAGUGCAAAUACACGGUAUCUGAAGAUAAUCACUAUGUGAUCGGGCACUACCAAGGUGCCAAAAACAUUCUGAUUGGUGGCGGAUGUUCUGGAAGCGGAUUCAAAGUUGCUCCUGGAAUCGGAAGAGCACUAUCGCAAAUGGCCGCAAAUGAGAAACCAUCUGUCGACAUAUCGUUUUUCUCUUUUGAUAGAUUUGAAAAAUCUAAGCAACAUGUGGUUUGA